AUGAGUUACCCUGAUUCCCAUGUUUCUUUUAUGGCACCACAGGCCUCAUAUCAAUCAGGCAGUGAUGCUAUUGGUGUGUGGCCUCAAUUUGUAAUGAAUAACAAUGAGCAAUUAGAACUACAUCAACACCAACCUCCUUAUAAAAGAGCAAGAAACUCUGAGGAUAAUACCAACCAAUCCUUGAAUUCUAGGAUGCCACCAACAAACAACCUUCCAGUCCAUAAGGGAGCAACCAACAUCUUUUUCAAGACAAGAGUGUGUGCAAAGUUUAAGACCGGUACUUGUAGGAAUGGUGAGAAUUGCAAUUUUGCUCAUGGAAUGCAAGACUUGAGGCAGCCUCCGCCAAAUUGGAAGGAACUAGUGGGUGUAAGUGUAAGUGUAAGUGGCGAAGAGGAUAGGUCAACAGCAACAAAUUGGGAAGAUGAUCAGAGGAUAAUCCACAAGAUGAAGUUGUGCAAGAAGUUUUAUAAUGGGGAGGAGUGUCCUUAUGGAGAUAGGUGCAAUUUCCUUCAUGAGGAUCCAUCAAAGUUCAGGGAGGACACAGGGAGGUUCAGGGAGAGUUCUGCAAUAAGUAUUGGGACUACAGGGCAGCCGUUGAGCCAUGGAAGUGCUGUGUUUAAUGCUGCUGAAGUUAGUAGGCCUUCAAACAAUGUUGUUUCUGAUGCUUCUCGUUUAAAUAUAACAAAGCCUGUUUAUUGGAAGACAAAGUUGUGCACUAAGUGGGAGAUGACAGGUCAAUGCCCCUUUGGCGAGAAAUGUCACUUUGCUCAUGGGCUAGCAGAGUUACAAGUCCCUGGUGGACGCACUGAGGUGGAAGCAGGAAAUGCAGGCACCAUUUUGACUAAACCACCACCGCCUGUUUUUUCUAAUAAUGUGUCUCCAAGUAUGACGGUGAAUGUUCCUAGUUUAAUUGAGGAGAAGCAAGGUACGAAAUGCAUAUUAAAGGGGAAAGGACAGAAGAAAAUAAAUCGGAUUUACGCUGAUUGGCUUGAUGAUUUGCCAUUAGUGCACAACUUGACAAACCAAGAUGUUUUCAGUUCAAAAGGCACGGGAGAUGAGGCAUAG